AUGUUCCAAUAUAAAUGGGAUAUGAUCUCAGGAUUCUUCACCAUCUCUCAUUCUUCUUUCUUCCAUAUAUUUCUUGCUCCUUUGUUGAUCAUCAUCAUGUCACUUGCUGGUAAAAUCAGCAUUGAAAUUGGGGUUCAUGCAACUGCUGCAAAGUGGUUCAACAUCUUUGCAAAGCAACUCCAUCAAGUUCAAAACCUUACAGAUAGAGUUCAUGGAACCAAGCUGCAUCAUGGUCAGGACUGGCACCACAAGGAGUCCAUAAAAAACUGGACUUAUACCAUAGAUGGUAAGGUUACAACAUGUCAGGAGAGUAUAGAAUCAGUUGAUGAAGCGAACAAAAGAAUCACCUACAAGCUCUUUGGCGGAGAUAUCGGUCAUAAGUAUAAGGUGUUUAAGCUCACAUUAGAAGCCAUUGAUGAUCGUGGGUCUGCUAUUACCAAAUGGAGCAUUGAAUAUGAGAGAAUUGGUGAGGGAAUUGACCCUCCAUAUGGCUACUUGGAAUACCUGCACACCCUAAGUAGAGAGAUUGAUGCCAAUCUUAAGGCAUAG